UGUUGAUGUAUUUUGGUCCAAGGUGGAGAUUAUUAGAAUAUGUCCCAAAAGGGUUUAUCGAAAUUGUCCCAUUCCAACUGGGAUUCGACUGGCUUCUCCCAUUCCAACUAAGAUAUUGAACGUCUUCAACCCCUAUUUAAAGGAGAUUUUCGGCCAGAACAUCAAGAAAAAGAGAACAACUAUUAUAUUCCACACUUACGUUAGAGAGAGUUUUCAAUGAGAGAUUGUAAUCUUUCAUUUCCUUUGAUCUCGUUGUGCUUCGACACCCUGUGGAGAUCGUUUUGUACUCAUCACCUUAUAGUUGAUUUCUCUGCGCUCCCGUCUUGGGUUUUCACGUAAAUCUUGUGUUCAUUACGUUUAUUGCUUUCUUGCAUUAUUGUUCUUGUGUUGGUGCUUCAUAAUCGGUUCCACUGCAUCACUCGUUUAAUUCUUAACAAGAUUUCAGAUUCUAAUGGGAUUUGUUUAUAUUAUCAUUCUCCAAGUUUGCAAGCCUUUGUUGAAAUUGUUUGUAUCUUCUGUGUUUUGGUUGCAAAAUUGAUGUUUUAAAUAGAAUAGAUGUCCCCAUUGACUUCAUUUGUUCAAUACAUAGCUAAAGCUGAGCUUCGUAAAUAUGCCACCUUUUGUAAAGAAAGCACUAGCUCGGUGCCAUUUUAUGAAUCAAAGGCACAUUACCUUUCUCAUAAGAUCAUUUCCAAAUUGUUUAUUGCUACAAGAAAUUAAGCCAUGACAACUGAUGAGUAAAAGAUUGAUAACACAUAGCUAUUUUACUCUAACAUUCAGCAAAGAUGAAAGAUUAAAUUCUUGUGCACUGUCUUCUCUCUAUCAGAGACGAUCUUUUCCAUACAUUCAGGAAGAGGCAAAAGGGUGCAAUGGAACCUGAAGAGGUGCAGUUAACUGCUGAUUCUCAACACACGUUAGUUUAAGUCAUCACAGCUCCCUUGAGUUAUCUCCAGGUCAAUCUAAGAAUGGUUAGCGGACCUAUAAGCAGGCUCUUUUCAUUAUCCACUUGUUUAAUAGUUGCAGAUUUGUCUUAUUCCGAAAAAAGUAAAUGAUAAAGGACAGGAUUUUAACAUACAUUCAUUAUGCAUUGUCCUCUUGCUAUUUAUUCUGACUUAUAAAUCAUUUUGCUUCAUCCCAUUUUGCAGUCUUGACAGUAUGACACCAAAAGUAGUCUAGAAAGGAAAAACAGGAAUAUCUGAUGAAUGCUCGAAGUUGAACAAGCCCAAAUGUAUAUGUUAUGGGCCAAAUAAACAACCUAUUUAUUAAUGCUCCAAGUGGACAUAUAUACAGGGCAGUAGAAGUUUUAAUUCUUUUAAAGCAAGGAGGAUUUAAAAAUUUGUAAUAACAAUAAAGUGAAAAACCAGAAGUAUGACUUUUAUCAUUCACCAUUACAAGAACUUGCAUUAUGGAGAAAUAGGGGGUGGGAUGGGGCACAGGAAAAAGGAAAUGUAGAAAAUGCACACUUUUGUCAUAACUGAAGAUCUUAGAUUUCUGUAAUUUCAAGCGGAUACACAUCUGAAUAAACUAUUGUCCUGAUGUUAUGGAGAUAACAAAAGAAUGCCAAUGUAGCUGAUUGUUGAGUUGUUUUUACUUUUUGAAUGCUGUUGAGACAUUCCCAGCAGAAGUACUGUAUCUGCAAGAACUUGGUGCUGAAGCUAGGAGGUUAAGCGUUGUCAAGUGUAUAAGUGUCAUGUUAAAGGACUACUGAGAAGCCAUUUUCUUUUGUAAUCAUGAUUUUUAACCUGAUAGUGUUGGUAACUUGUCUGUACUGCACAUUAUUAUGGCUGUAUUAGCGAUUACUUCUAAGAUCUUUUCCUUAGAAUCAUUAGUGUAGUAUUUAUCAUAAAGAGACCAGCCUGCUGCAUGGUUUCAGUAUGUGAGUCUUUAGGAUUGCCUCUUGCCUUUUACUCUUUUAACAGGCUAUGAGGAACAGUUUCAUUGCCAGCUUCUUGUUUGAAGUGCAAAUAAUGUAAUUUUUCCAGUCCAUUGAUUGUUUUGGCAUAAGGAUAAUGAUACUGUUGGUGCAGAAUGCUGCAAGCUUUUACUGAGCAGUCAAAGUUGGAGAAGCCACCGCAAAAUGCAAACAAUAACAUACCCAGUGUAUUCCCACAAUGUGGGGUCUGGGGAGGGUAAAGUGUACGCAGACCUUGCCCCCACCUUCAGAGGUAGGGAGGCUGUUUCCGAAAGACCCUCAGCUCAAGAGAAAACAAGACAAAAGGGUCAGAUAAGGACAAACAUAUCAGAAAGGUAUGAAAGGGAACUGAUGCAUCCAAUUCAAAAUCUCGUAUCCGGGGAGCUUGCUCGUGCUCUUCUUAUCCAGGUCCAGAAGCUGAAGCUUAAUAUUGAGAAGGCUAUGCUGGAGCUAGAUAAAAUUCUUAGAGCAAAUGGAAUCAACUUUGCUAUUUUAGCUGCUUUGCCGGCUUUCUUCCUCUCCCUUAUUGUGAUCAUGGUGAUGCGUGGUUGGAUUAAACAGGUAAUAUGGCUGUUCAUUUUUCGUCACGAUGCAGUUAAAAUUUUCCGCAAGUAUAGAAUAAAUGCUUCUAAUUAUUUGAGGGGAAGGACAAAAAUCCUUCUUAAUUUAGAUUGAUUCUAAGGUAAGAUUUUUUGCUUUAUGUCAGCUCGGUCGUUCCUUGUGCAGGAAGAAGGAUACACACCAAAAUAUAGGCUACACUCACUUCACUUCUAAUUGUUGGUUGAUAGUUUAACUGCUAUUUGCAAUUAAGAACUAAAUCGUUUGAUAGCCUUUUGUAUGAGAUUUAAUAUGCUUCAUGAAAUCAGAAGAUCGCUUGGAAUAAUCUCUGAAGCAACUUUCAGCUUUAGCAAUGUUACUGAACAAGGUAUUGCAGUAAUUUCGAUGUAUUCUAUUCCACAAUGUGAUAGGUACAUAUACAUCUACAGCUAUGCUAAUUAGGGAAAUAAUCAAAAGAGAUAUUCUAUCAAUCCCUAAAGAUCUGCUAUGCUAUCCCUAAAUAUAUGUUAUGCUAUGUACAUUACACAUAAGAGUGGCUAAAUGCCUUCUCUAACAUCCCCCCUCAAGCUGGAGCAUAGAUAUUGAUCAUGCCCAGUCAGUGGCGAAUUUAGGAUUUUCAAUCAGGGUGUUCGGAAAAAUAAAUGAAUCUAUUUUUGCAUUUGUUUAGGGUGUUCAAAAGUCAAUAUAUGUACAUGAACACAGAAAAUUGACCGUAAAUAUACACUAUAAUUUUUUGCCGAGGGUGUUCGGGUGAACACCCUGGGCUUUGACUCCAUCCGCCUCUGUGCCCAGCUUGUUACAAAGAUAAUCAACUCGAAUUCCAUUCAAUGCCUUUGUGAACAAAUCAGCUAGUUGCUCUCCUAUCUUCACUGUUGACACCCAAUUUUGUCUCUCCUUUAUUCCAAUUUAUUUCCUUGGGCUUUUAAAUUUAUUAACGAGCUAAAUACUUUGUUUUCAUUACUAUUUUUUAUUACUAUUAACAUCGUUACUUUCAUUACUUUAUUACAAAUUUUAAAUGGUUCGUCAUCGUUUCAUUUUCUACAUAUUAAUUACUAAUCACAUGAUGCAUAUUACCCAAGUUAUAUCACCUAGGAGUUAAUUAAUUAUCACAAUAUGCCAAAUAAAUGGUCCAGCCCACGUUUUCUUUUUAAUGUCAUCAGAUCAGCCCACAUAUUCUACCCGACCCGGCCCACUUCACUUAUUCAUCAUCAACACCUAAACGAACCCUAAACAAAAAGGAACAGCCGCAGCCCUCUUCUCUCGUCUCUCUCUACUCUCUCUCCCCUCCAUGUUUAGCAAAACCCAUUUCUCCUUUCAACCAUGGCAGAUUGCCACCCCAUUUUCGUGCAAUACCCUGCCGUCCCUCUACUCUCUCUUUCCUUUCCCUUUCCUCUCUCUCCCAUCUCUUUCUUUUUGAGCAAGGGUUCAGUUUUCUUUCAACCAUGGCAGACCUUGUCCACCCAUUUUCGUGCAAGAUAUGUAUCCUUAUGUGAAUGACGAUACCGGCAUAAAUCUCUGCUUUUUCAGCCAUGUCUGAGCCGAAUCACGUGACCACCUGAAACACUUUCAACGUUCAGAUUUGAACGCUCCAUUUGACUCAACUUUGAAUCGGUUUCAUUAUCCCGCCCAAAUCGAAACCCUAGACUUUAAUUUUACGCCUAUAAAAAUAUCACCUUACAUCUUCAAAAGGGGAGGGACUUUACCACAUUCAACAUUUUUCCCCCUUUUAGCUACUACUUUAAGUCUUAGAGUUGCAAGAUUCCAUUUUGUUUCGGGAGUUUUUUUUGACAGCCAGAGCCUCACUCUAAAAAAGAACAGCCAACAUAUUAUUUUCACGAUUUCGGUUAGUUACUUUAAUCGGGUUCGUUCGAGUUCGAGCAUAAAUCCGAGACCUCGACGUCCCAUUUCACUGCACACAAAACAGGUCAGAAAUCCUCCUUCUCACUCUGCUUUAAGUUCUGUUCUACGUAAAUUGAUGUAGUUGGAUUCGCCUAAUUUAGUAUGAUUCUGAUUCGACGUGAUGAUUAGCUAUUUUGUGAAGUGGUUUCAGUAGUCAUUUAAGUGUUUUGUACUGUUUAUGUAAACGUUUGUUCUCGCAUUUAUGUUCAGCAAUUCUUUAGUUCUUGUUUGUUGAGUGUGUUAGCUGUGUUUAUGAUCCAUGUUUGGUUCGGAUGUUUAGUUUACUGUUGCAAUUUAGCUCAGUCAUUAUAGUUGCUAUUUCAGAUUAAAUGUUAAAUUAGGUAUCUAUUCAGUCACCAAUAUGAAUAUAGUCUGGUUGUGACUCCAUUACUGCUUAGUUAUGUGGUCGGUAAAAUAAUUAGGCUCACGGGUUUAUUUACGACGUAGUCUUGGUCUAGUAGUCUUGGUCUAAUAUUAUUUAGCAAUACAUAUGAUUGGGUCUGUUUUCAUGUAUUCAUUUGUCUUGAAGUAUGAUUCAUGUUGCACAAUCCUGAACCUGUUCAUUUUAUUUGUGAUUUAGUAUGUGUUUGAUUAAGUCGUUCAGUCCCCUGUUCCAUUCAAUAUCUUUUUCUGUUCAUGCUCUACUAUUAGGCCCUAUCUGUUUUGAAGUUAAUAAACGAAUUCAUGCUAGUACCAGUUGAAAGGAUCGUAGCCUGUGUAUGUCCUGUAUUCACUCUUAUUUUAGAACAAAGCACUGUUGGUUUAACUCAGAAAAAAAUGAAAUACCAUUCCUGAUAAUCUUGUAAAGUGGCCAGUUGAGAAGCAUACAUUUUAGGUUUGUUAUUUUUCACUUCUUUCUGCAAAACAAGCUUGUCUGAGUGACUGAACUGAUUUGGCUAAGGGCUGAGUUAAUCAAGCUUAUGAGCCAUUUACCCACUCUUCAGAUGAUAUAAAGGUUCUUCGUUUUAUAUGAGUUUGAAAUUCUGUACAUUAGAGGCAUUUUUUCUUUUUUUUUUGAGAAAACGAAAUAGAAUGGUUCUGUGUCUGUUUUGACUUUGUUCCAAUGUGAAUUUCCAACAACUCUUCCCUUUUGUUAAGAAUAGAGAGAAUGUUUAAGUUUGAAGAUGAUUUCGGGUUCUGUUUUUGUUAACUUCUACCUAUGGGAUGAUCCAACUUGGCUUUGGUCUUAAGUGGUGUUUAGAAUUUUAGGCUGAAUUUGAUCCCUAUACUUUUGACAUGCUACGUCUAGUUAAUACUGGAUUUCCAGAUUUUUUAUGUUUAGAAUUAACAAGUCUUUGGUUUCUGAUUACUUCUGGAAGUUCUGGUUUUGUUAUGAGACGGUUGAACCAAGUUGUGACAUUUAAAACCAUGAAACAUUUUGUUUGCUAUUAUCCAUGAGAGCUCCAUACACUUCUUAAUACUAAUCCUUCCUAUUUAGGCUCACAUUGAGCAACUGUCUUUAUGCCUGCUGUUAACAUGCAUAUUUGGAAGUUUAACAUCAUAUAUGUUUUUUGCCUUAUUUAACAGUCCCGUACGACUCUAAUCCUCCUUAUUAUAUUUUUUUUUACAUGUGCACAUCGGAGAAAAAUGGAGUCCUAAUUCAGGACUCAUCACCUUUCGCAAUCGGUGUUGGGCCAAAGCCCAACGAAAUCUCUCUCGAGUCAGCCUCAUCAGCCCGACCCGCAGCAAUGUAUUAAAUCCGUUGGGCCGAAGCGCAACAGCAGCGGACAGCAGCAAUUCUGAAAUGGGCUGAGCCCAUUUAAAUCAUUUUACUCUAUUUUAUGUUUUUCUUUGUGUGCAUCUAAUUUGUACUUUACGACUAAUACUUUGUUUGUUAAUAUUAGAUGAAUUUUAGCGAAUGUUAGAGACCACACUUUGAACCCAAA